UUUAUUUGAUAUCAGAUUGACUUGUCCCCAUCAUAUGAUGGCUUUGUCCACUUUGGAGAUCUUGUGGGAAUCUUCAAUCCUGAAACAGAAGUGGUUCUCUCAGCAAAUAUGCCAGAAAGCAGAAUGUAUGAGGCACUUGCCCUUGAAGGUCCAUGCCCCGUGUCUGGAUCUAAGUUUCUAGAUCCUUGUGUUAGAAACGUUUUUGUUGUUACAAGGUAAGACCACGUUGUUUUUAUUGUUUUUUUUUUUAUUGUUGUAAAUUCAGUUCCCGUUGUGUUUUUGUAGCUGCUGCUAUUGUUUUUGCUGCUGUUGCAUGUUCUUGCUGUUGUUGUAACUAAUGUUGUUGUUGGUGUUUUUGUAGCUACAUUGUUGCUGAUGUUGUAGUUGUUGUUGCUUAUGUUCUUGUUGCUGUUGUUAUUCUUGCUUUUGCUGUUGUUGUGUUGCGGAUGUUGUUGUUGUGCUAGAUUCCGUUGUACAGAUGUUGUUGUUGGUGACGUUGUUGUUGAUGAUAUUGUUGUUCCUGAUGUUGUUGUUGCUGAUGUUGUUGUUGGUGAUGUUGUUGUUGCUAUUGUUGUUGUUGGUGAUGUUGUUGUUGAUGAUAUUGUUGUUGCUGAUGAUAUUGUUGCUGAUGUUUUUGUUGCUGAUGUUUUUGUUGCUAUUGUUGUUGUUGUUGCUAUUAUUGUUGUUGUUGUUGUUGUUGCUGAUGUUGUUGUUGUUGUUGUUGCUGAUGUUGUUGUUGUUGUUGCCGAUGUUGUUGUUGAUAUUGUUGUGGUUGCUGAUGUUGUUAUUGCUAUUGUUGUUGCUGAUGUUGUUAUUGCUAUUGUUGUUGCUGAUGUUGUUAUUGCUAUUGUUGUUGUUGUUGCUGAUGUUGUUAUUGAUAUUGUUGUUGUUGCUGAUGUUGUUGUUGCUGUUGUUGCUCAGAUGUUGUUGCUGAUGUUGUUGUUGCUAUUGUUGUGGUUGCUGAUGUUGUUAUUGCUAUUGUUGUUGCUGAUGUUGUUAUUGUUGUUGCUGAUGUUGUUAUUGUUGUUGCUAAUGUUGUUAUUGUUAUUGUUGUUGCUGAUGUUGUUAUUGUUGUUGCUGAUGUUGUUAUUGUUAUUGUUGUUGCUGAUGUUGUUAUUGCUAUUGUUGUUGCUGAUGUUGUUAUUGCUAUUGUUGUUGUUGUUGCUGAUGUUGUUAUUGAUAUUGUUGUUGUUGCUGAUGUUGUUGUUGCUGUUGUUGCUCAGAUGUUGUUGCUGAUGUUGUUGUUGCUAUUGUUGUGGUUGCUGAUGUUGUUAUUGCUAUUGUUGUUGCUGAUGUUGUUAUUGUUGUUGCUGAUGUUGUUAUUGUUGUUGCUAAUGUUGUUAUUGUUAUUGUUGUUGCUGAUGUUGUUAUUGUUGUUGCUGAUGUUGUUAUUGUUAUUGUUGUUGCUGAUGUUGUUAUUGCUAUUGUUGUUGCUGAUGUUGUUAUUGCUAUUGUUGUUGUUGUUGCUGAUGUUGUUAUUGAUAUUGUUGUUGUUGCUGAUGUUGUUGUUGCUGUUGUUGCUCAGAUGUUGUUGCUGAUGUUGUUGUUGCUAUUGUUGUGGUUGCUGAUGUUGUUAUUGCUAUUGUUGUUGCUGAUGUUGUUAUUGUUGUUGCUGAUGUUGUUAUUGUUGUUGCUAAUGUUGUUAUUGUUAUUGUUGUUGCUGAUGUUGUUAUUGUUGUUGCUGAUGUUGUUAUUGUUAUUGUUGUUGCUGAUGUUGUUAUUGCUAUUGUUGUUGCUGAUGUUAUUGCUAUUGUUGUUAGUGUUGUUGUUACUGAUGUUGUUAUUGCUGAUGUUAUUGUUGCUGCCCAUGCCGUUAUUGUAGUACAGUAGUUGCUGCUUUUUGUUGUAUUUUCCAUUUUUUAUGUUGGUGCACUGUUUUGUACUGCUGGCUUUCUUUCUGUCUAUUGACAUUGAGUGUAUGUUUGCUUGUUUUCAGCUGUGAAGACCCGGGUGAACGCGGUAUCAUAAAGUUUGGUCAACAAUUUUACUUGAAAACACUGCCAGGGAUCGGUGGAGAUGUAAGAUACACUUACUGAAGAUUGCUUAUCAUAUUUUACAAUUAAACUACAAACGUUUGUGUGUCCGCAUCAAGGGAAUAUAUAAUAUACUUUUCGUUUAUCAACCAUUUCUUUGAAGAAGGCUUGCACGUUCACAUACUUCGAUCAACCAUACUUUAAUCAAGGAAAAUUUUUUCUUUCAACUUUCUUACUUUAAUGAUCAAAGAAGCUUUGCAGAGUGUGUUUAGUCGCUUUCCUUUAGUUUGCAUGUGAGAAGAUUGCUUCUAGUUUGACUCCAACACCUAGACAGUAGGGUCGCCACCAACUGUAUGAACGGGUUUUGUGAUUGGUUGAUGAUAACAAUAAAAGACAAUGAACUAUAGAAAUUAUUUUUCUAAACAACGAGUCAAACACUGAUACUAUUUUUUUAUGAAGUAUUUACUCCAGAUGGUAAUACUGGACCAUAAACAGAUGAUCCUUGCUGGGCCCAGGGACCGGUUAAGAACUGAUAGACCUCUAGCCACUCUAUGUCCAGAAUAAAAAUUAUUUAAAAUUUUAGUCAGAGUAUAGUGAAGUAUUUCAACUAUAGGUAUUUGCAAGCACAGAUAAUUUUUUUGUGUUACCAGUAUAGUGCAUUUCCCUUUACCAUUUGCAAUUGUAUGGUCCUGAUUGUGUUCAAUAUAUUGUUAUUGAUCAUUUGUACAGUAAUCAGGUAUAAUUGUUGGUAUAAUUGUUUCAGUUAUCCCUGCAAAGUGACCGAGCAACAUUUAUGAAAUGUGCAAAGAAAUCACGACAACAAGAAAUUCUAUUGACGGAAGGAAUGUCUUUUCUAUCUGCCUGGUAAAUAUGUUCGAACAAUAAGUCCGCUAAUCACAACGUAGCCAUCACCAACACUCAAUAGUAGUGAUUUAAGCCCCGUUUACACUACGCUCAAUUUUUGGUACGGCACGAAUAAAAUUGGUACCCGUACCACUUUUUUUGGACUACCUAUUUAGGUAGUCCAAGAACCAAAAAAGUGGUACGGUACCAAAAAUCGAGCGUAGUGUAAACGGGGCUUUAUAGUACUAAAGUAAAGUCUGAACCAAACAAGAAUGAGAGUUGACAGUCAAGCGACCUUGGUUAACUGUUCUUAAUGCUUUCCCAACACUGUUGUCUAUUUAAGUUAAUUAAAACAUAAUUAGAACGAUCAAACAUAAUUAGAACGAUUCGAACGAGUUAAUCUAGAGCUUAAAAUGUCCCCUGUAUCAAUGCGUGACUGUCAACUCUCGUCAACUCUCAUUUUCGGUUUGAACGUGGCUUAAUAGUGAGACCGAAGCCAGAAGAAACCAAAACAAGCGUUGCGUAAGAGUUGAUGCGAGUUAACUGGAUAUUACCGUUCAAACGAGCAAAGUCUAAUUCAAAUUUUGAUGAGAGUUCGUGAGAGUAGCUCAAAGUUAUAUGAGAGUCGACUGGCAUCAGCAUCCUCGUUUUAUGGUGAGGAAUUUUAUCCACAAAGACAGGUGUGAAUCAGUAUGCCUCACAUUCUGGUAUUGGUAUGACGCAUUACAAAAAAAAACGUCAUUGUACAUUAUCCUUGCGAUCUCUGAGUUUUGUUUUGUUAUCUAGGAAGGUGUUGUGCUAUGAUCCGCAAGAACGUCUUGAAACUGAAGGCCUCCCCGUUCCGGUAAAUUUUUCACUCUAGUUCUGGUUUAAUUGAAAUUUUUCUGGUUUAAUUUAAUAUUUAACAAUUAUUCGCCGAAGGCGAGGUGAUUAUCGGUGAAUAAAAACCGAGACGAAGUCGAGGUUUUUAUUCACGAUAAUCACCGAGCCUGAGGUGAAUAAUUGUUUUAGUAUAAUUUCAUAGGUGAUUAUUUGGAAAAAAAUAAGAAAAUACACAUUUCUUCGUCAUUUAAUUGACAAAAAGGCUUCGACCGCCAUUUUGAAAAUCGCUUAGGUGAUUAUCGCGUAAUAAUCACCUCAACGGCAACCAAUCAGCGUGGAGAAUUUUCAAUAAUCACCUAUGUAAUUAUACUAAAUAAUAAUAAUGCCAACUUUCUUAGCUAGAGUGGAACAAUAGUAACUUAAGGUGUCUGAGUUAUUCAAUGAUGUGCAUAAUGGGGUGACAACGUUAUGAACAAGCAUUAGCUAAUUUUGUGCAUUGAAUAUUAGAUAAAAUGUUUGUUAUAGGCAAAUAAGAAAAUUUUGAUUUGUCAUUGCAAGACAAACCAGUGUCUGGCUUCCUUGUCCGACUUUUCAUCCAGGUAAGAAAAAGUAAACCUAUUUGUUGUUGAUGCUGUUGUUAUUGUUAAUGUUGUUGUUAUUAUCGUUGUGGUUGCUGCUGCUGUUGUUAUUGUUGCUGUGGUUGUUAUCGUUGUUGUUGUUGUUGUUGUUGUUGUUAUUGUUAUUGUGGUUGCUGCUGUUGUUGUUGUUAGUGUGGUUGUUGUUAGUGUUGCUGUUGUUAGUGUUGUUGUUGUUCUGUUGUUGUCGUUGCUAUGUUUUGUUGUCAUUGUUGCUGUUGCUGCUGUUGUUGCUAAUGUUGUUGCUGCUGCUGUUGUUGUUCACAAAUAUUACUGAUAUUCUAGGACGCCGUUUGGUCGCGAGUACGAAGCGGUUGCCCAGACUAGCCUAAACUCACAAAGCUGAAAUGCCAUUAAACCACUGGGUGUUCAUUAAAGAUGAAUCGGGGCAGCGGUUGCCUUCGAGAGCAUCACUCCCAAGCAGGGGCCGGUUGUACGAAAGGUGGAUAAGUUAUCCAGUGGAUAAGUCCUAUC